AUGACAGCUCCUACGCAACUUGCUUUCCGCACGCUCAAGGGCAUUGGCAUCAUGGAUGCCGCGCCCGUCUAUGCGCCCCUGUCUGGGUUUGAGAAACCAGAGGGCAACCUCCGCUGCAGCGCCUACUCGCCAUGUGGCCGGUACUACGCGUGGGCAUCACCCGAAAAGGUUACUAUUAUUGACCCUUCCGUGGGCUCUGUCGUCAGCACCAUCCCCGCCGAGAACGUGUUCGAACUGGGUUUCUCCCCGCUCGGCACCUACGUGAUCACAUGGCAACGCACGUCCAAGGACGAGAACGGAGACGCCGUGAAGAACUUGAAGGUCUGGCGUGCCAUUGAGGCCGGAGACAACCACACGGUCGUGGGCAGCUUCGUCCAGAAGUCGCAGACCGGUUGGAACUUGCAGUACACCGCCGAUGAGCGGCUGUGCGCUCGCACCGUGACCAACGAGGUCCAGUUUUACCAGAGCGAUAAUCUGUCCACCGUUUGGAAUAAGUUGCGUGUGGAGGGAGUAUCGGACUUUGCUCUUUCGCCCGGUCAGACCCAGUCCAUCGCUGUGUUUAUUCCCGAGCGCAAGGGCCAGCCUGCUCAGGUGAAGGUGUUCAUUGUGCCGCAAUUCGGUGCGCCUGUUUCCCAGAAGAGCUUCUUCAAGGGUGAUAAGGUCCAGCUGAAGUGGAACUCUUCCGGAACUACUUUGAUUGUGCUUGCGCAGACCGAGGUGGAUCGUACCGGCAAGAGCUACUACGGCGAGACGACCCUGUACUUGCUCAGCGCCAGUGGUGCAUUCGACUCGCGCAUUGAUCUUGAUAAGGAAGGCCCUAUUCACGAUGUUAGCUGGAACCCUAACUCGAAGGAAUUCGGUGUGGUGUAUGGCUACAUGCCCGCUAAGACGACUAUUUUCAACUUCCGCGGUGUGGCCAAGCACACCUUCCCCCUCGCCCCUCGCAACACCAUCCAGUUCUCGCCUCAUGGCCGCUUUGUGCUGGUGGCCGGUUUCGGUAACCUGGCAGGACAGAUGGAUAUUUACGAUAUGGACAAGAACUACCACAAGAUCGUCACCGUCGAGGCCUCUAACGCCAGCGUGUGCGCCUGGUCGCCCGACGGACAAUAUAUCCUGACCGCGACGACCAGCCCCCGCCUGCGCGUCGACAACGGCGUGCGCAUCUGGCACGUUACUGGUGGUCUCAUGUACAACGAAGAUAUGACCGAGCUGUACGACGUGACCUGGCGCCCCCAGAGCAUCGAGCAGCACCCGCUGGGCGACCCGCUCAGCAAGCUGCCCGUGCCCCACGCCUCCGCCACCGCCUACAUGGGCACGCGCAAGGCCCCCGUUAAGCCCGCAGGUGCCUACCGUCCCCCCGGUGCGCGCGGCCAGCUGACCCCGCUCGCCUUCAAGCGUGAAGAUGAAGGUGGCGCCGCCUUUGUCCGUGACGGCGUGCCCGGCGCCAGCAUGAACGCAUUCGGCAAGCCACGCCGCCGUGAGAUCCCCGGCGCCGAGCCCGUGGAGGAGUACCUGCCUCCCGGAGCCGCGCCGGGUGGCGGCGUCGCCCUGCCUUCCGAGAACCUGUCCAAGUCUGCCGCGAAGAACAAGAAGAAGCGCGAGGCGGCCAAGAAGGCCAAGGAAGAGGGUGAAAACGCUCCCCCUGCUCAUGCCCCCACCGGGCCCAGCCCAGACCGCAACCGUAACCGUAAGAACACUCCUGCGGUGAACGGUAACGGUGUGGCCAAGGCUGCUCCUGCUCCGGCCGCGCCUGAGCCUGUUGCGGUCGAGGAUCCCUCUGCGCAGGAUAAGAAGAUUCGCGGUCUGUUGAAGAAGAUUCGGGCUAUUGAUGAGCUGAAGAUGCGUCUUGCUGGCGGUGAGAAGCUGGAGGAUACGCAGAUGAAGAAGAUUCAGACUGAGGAUGCGGUGAGAAAGGAGUUGCAGGCUGUUGGGUAUGAUGGAUGA